UCUCUCUCUUCCCUCAAACAAACAGACAGACCUAAAGAGAGAAAGAAAGAGAGGGAACCAAAACCAUCAACCAAAAAAGAAAGGGGAGAAGGAGCUGAGCCUGAGACUGAGAGGCCAAAGGCAGAGAUCGACAACGACAACUUGACAUAGGUCAUAGGUUCUUCGGUCUCUGAAGUUAUUUCACAAUGGCUUCGUUAUCUCAUCCCGUUUUCUUCCUCUUCUUCUUCCUUGUAUUGGGUUUUGCCUCCUCCGCCACCUUCAUCUCUUAUGAUAUCUUACAGGCUGGUGGAUCAUCCACGGGGGGACGUGCCCUUCUUCAGGCCAAAAAAAAUUGUCCUGUGAAUUUUGAGAACCAGAACUACACAAUCAUAACAAGCAAGUGCAAAGGACCAAACUACCCAGCAAAGAGCUGCUGUGAUGCCUUGAAGGAUUUUGCCUGUCCUUUUACAGAAGAAAUCAAUGACUUGAAAAAUGAUUGUGCUUCAACCAUGUUCAGCUACAUAAACAUCUACGGGAAGUAUCCUCCCGGUCUGUUUGCAUCUCAAUGCCGCGAAGGGAAAGAAGGUCUCGCAUGUCCCGCUGAGGCCCCGAAAUCUGAUCAGAAGAGCAGCAGAGGUCACAUAUCAGCUACUCACUCCAUCAUGCUAGCACUAUCUGCUUCCUUCCUUGUAUUAUCCUUCCAUAUGUUCUGAGCUGGUGUAAGUGUGAAAAAACAUCACCCCCCACUCAAUUAUUUUUCCGCGGAUAACUCCCACCAAUUUGUAUGCUUUGAACAUGUAACCCAAAUAGUAUAAUUUCAUUAUGUACUUGGCAGUUUAUCACUAAACCCACACACAUUUCUGAUAAUGAAACAAGUUCCUUUGCUCUAAUAGUCAAUAGUACAUGAAAAACCCUAAUUGUGAUCUCUUGAGAGUUAUCUCACAUUAUGAAUGUAAAGCGUUGACUACAGUA